UUUAUCAAAUGUAGUCUACUGCAAAUCCAGAAACCCAAUGUGCAAGGGAAGAUAACACCCAGGUGUCAACAGCCAGUCAAGGAUAUGUUUUACCAGAAGGAAAAAUCAUGCCGAAUACAGUAUUUGUUGGUGGAAUAGAUAUAAGGAUGGAUGAAAUGGAAAUUCGAAGUUUCUUUGCCCAAUAUGGUACUGUAAAGGAAGUGAAAAUAAUUACUGAUAGAACUGGUGCUUCCAAGGGGUAUGGAUUUGUAUCCUUUCUGGACAAUGUGGAUGUUCAAAAAAUAGUAGAAUCGCAAAUAAACUUCCAUGGCAAAAAACUGAAACUGGGACCAGCAAUUAGAAAGCAACAGAAUUUAUGUGCUUAUCAUAUGCAACCCAGACCUCUGGUUUUUAAUCCACCUGUGCCACAGUUCCACAAUGUAUGGAGCAGUCAGAAUACUGAAACAUAUAUGCAGCCUCCAGCCAUGAUGAGUCCAGUAACUCAGUAUGUUCAGUCAUACCCUUAUGGCUCACCACCACUAUUGAUACAGCAGCAGGUUCCUGUAGGAUACCAGCCAACUUACAACUAUCAGGUUCAACCACAAUGGCCUCAUGGGGAGCAAAGAAAUUAUGUUAUACCUCCGGCUUAUACUUCAGUGAACUACCACUGCAGUGAAGUAGAUCCAGAAAUUAUCCCAGUAGAAUGUUCUGUUCCAGAGCCUAUACAGUCCUCUGGAAACAGUCCGCAAAAGAAGUCUGUGGACCGAAGCAUCCAAACAAUGAUAUCCUGUCUGUUUAACUCGGAGAACCGGCUGAGAAACACUCUUGUAUCACAAGAAGACUACUUCAAGGAGAAGAAAGCUCAUCACUUCAGAAGAAGUAGGGCAGUGCUUAAAAGUGUUUGACCAGUGAACCUGAAGACUUAGUGCUUGUACUUCAUUAUUUUGGGAUGUUAAUGAAAACUGAAGAUCAAUAUAGCAAUCUGCUGUAAAAAAAAAUAAUUAUGUAACCUUAUUGAAAAAGUUACUUCAAGUUGAAGUUAAUAUUUGCAUGUUAUCUGUUCCUAGGUUCUUUGUUCUUAAUUGUAGGACUUAACAAAUGUCUUCAAUUUUUAGAAGUUUUCCAGGUUUUACUACUUGGGUUUGCAUGUGUUUUCACUUGAUGCUAGUGUGUUUAAAAUUUUAAUGAGGUUGUAUGCGACGAUUGUUCUUCAUUUACUUUGUAAAUGCAUAGAUUUUUCUUCUGAGUUUCAAGUUAUGGUUGGUUUGCUGUGUUUAGUUACUGAACUGCACUUAGUUUCAAGUUACUGUUGGCACUUCGUUUUUCUUAACUUUUUGGAUGUUUAAGCUGUUUUAUUUUCACCAAUUUUAGUUCUUGAAAUUUAGAAGUUGAAUAGAAAUUUGCCCAAGAGGUAGAAGUUUAAAACUAUAUUCUUAAUCAGUGGAACAGAAGACAUCAAGUUACAAGCUCCAACUGAAGCCCUUUUAAAUCUGUACCCAGUUGCAUUGUUGGUUCUAUGUAAUCCAAUCAAAGUGGAUUACAUUUUAUUAGUUAAAAGUUUAUAAACCUGGAAUCUGAACAUUUGUUAUCCAGCUGGGGGUGGGGAGGGGGGCUAAUUAAGAUCAUUCUAAAAUUCUUAAAUUGAAUUUAAGGAAAAUCUAAGGAUGUAACUAGCUACACUAACUACCCAGUGGGUUACACUUUUUUACUGAGCAAAUUUUAGACAUAAAAUUGUGGGAGAAACAUUUGCUUUAAAAUAUGAUGCUUCCUUUUUUCCCCAAAUGUCAUACAGUGUUUGUUAAUCAAAGUAUCUGUAAGGAAAUAUCUUUAUUAUAAUUAUGUAGAUUUUAGUCUUGUAUUAAGAAACCUGGACAAUAAAUUUUUAUUUUUGACUUGG